GUUUGAUAAUCGUAUUAUGGAUUUCUGAGACCGAAUGAAAUAUUAUCAGUCAGACUACAAAAAUAAACCUAAUUUUGUUAUUGAUUAAGUGAUAGCAACAGACAAGAAAUAUUCACCACUGUUAACAUGUCUCAGACAAAAUUACUACUAGAUUCAGUUCUUCAAUGGACACCCGAAGAAUGUAGAGAGGCUUUAGAGGAUACUUUGCCUAAGUUGAUAACCAUCUUCACAAGUGGCUCUGAUCUUUUUGAUGAACACUCCCAUAUUAAUCCUCUAUAUAUACUAUGUCAUUCUUUUUUUACUUGCAUUUCAAUUAGUCAAAUGGAAGAGAAGUUUCUUUCAAAAAUUAUGCCAAGCGUCUGUAAGAAUUUUGAUUUCCUUAUUGAGACUAUCAGAGCAUUAGAUUUUGAGCAAGAUGCUUUAAUGUGGAAAGAUAAAGUGACAUCAGCUUAUCAAAGAAUGAGAGAUAUAGUUAACUGUAUAGGGUUUUGUAUUCAAACAGUUGCAGCUGAGAGAUCUGUCAUGUUGGGGCAAAUUUACAGUCUACCUAGAGCAGUUGUUCAUAUUAUAAAACAGUGUUUUUCUCACUGUAAGGAAAGUGAUGCUGUGUAUAAAGAAAAGGUUGAGAUAAUUGGUACUUCAUUGACUACUUUGUUUAAGGAAGCUCAUGGCUUACAAACAGAUCUCCUGGUACUUCUUGAGAAGUUGGAAAUUUGUGAAGGAGCUGAAGAAGAUGUAUCAGCUCUAGUAGAAAUUUGUGAUAACCUGAGUGAUGUGUCACAAGUUGCUACAACUUUGGAACUAAAAGUUGCAGCUGCUGUUUGGAAAACAUACACAAGACUAGCUACUCAGUACCAUGGAGUAUUAAAAGAUAGAUUAAAUGUAGCAGCAGCCUUACAGUUUCUUGGCAGUGAAAUAGUACAAGGUAUUGAUAUAGUUUGUUCAUCUGCAGAUCCUGUUGAUGAGAAGGAGUUUUCAAGAAUUGUGAAAAUUAGUAUGUUUAACUUGAAAGUUAUUAUUGCUAUAUGUGAUAAAUUCAAAGGCUAUCUUGGUGAUUGUUUGAAAUCUCUGACUCUUGUACUUUUAAAUUUACUUGGGAUCUCUGCAUCUUCUCUUACAAAACAGGAUUCCAAAAUUGACGAACUUAAUCGUACAUUAGUCAUUGGAGUUGAGCCUUUGUUAAUACCUCUAUUGACUGAAAGAGAGUUUUCACAAACUGUUAAGGAAAUCAUGCUGAAAUGUCCCGAUGAUAUGUGUCUCCCUCUUUGUUUUUUAUUAGUCUUGAUCUUACAGAAACUUCCAUCUUUUGAAAGAGACAUUAUGAAUGAUUGGUUAGGACAGUGUUGUGGUAACCCACAAGAAGGAAUAAUUCAUUUAAUGUUUAAGUCUCUUCAGUCCUGCCACAUUGAAGUCUUUCUACCUGUUCAUGUCCCUGGUAUUAUGCAUGGUGGGAGACCUCAGCGCAUGAUCAGUUUAUAUGAACAUGUGUGCACUCAUCUUUGUAGUUCUAUUGCUUGCAUUCCACCUCAGUAUUUUUGGAUCAUUGAACAAACUUUGUUACAGAACCUUUUUAGUGAUUAUCUGAUUCAAGCUAUGUUAGCUGGAGAUGUCUGGUGUUUUGUUGCUCGGUUUGGAUCAUCUGAACUUUGUUUUUCGCACGUUUGUGUUCUGGCAAACUUAUUACAAAAAACAAAACAAGACAGCCAUCAGAGUUUACAUUUACAGUCCCUGUUAAAUAGGCUUAUUGUAUUUUUGACUGCAGAGCACAAAGAAAAGUUUGUUACCAAAUUUCCUUUCUUAAUGUAUAGUAGCCUUUGGGGAAAUAUUCAUAUAGCUAGGUUAAAAGACAUCAGAACUGAAGGAAUAGAAAAUAAUUUAUUCACUAUGAAUCUUGAAGUAUUGCAUAAUUCUAUUGAUCGGAUAAAAUCUGAAAACUAUUACUCAUUAUGCUCUGCUUUAGAUACACUUAGAAAUUUAUCAUCAUCAGAUGAUAUUCAAAAGGAUAAAACCAAAUUUCAGAACUUGGGAACAGAUGUGUUACAUUUAAUAUUGUGCUUACCAAUACCUCUUGUCCACAAAAGCCCCUGGGUUUGCCAGCUGACUAUCAGAUUAUUGCACUUGAUGGCUCAUUUUAUGCCCUAUUUCUCCAACUGUGAAUUACAUUCAUUGUUGAAUCAACUUAAGUUGUUGUGGGAAGUACAAAAAGAUGACCUUUGUUUGGCUGUCAUAAAUAAUUUGCGUCAUUGGACGUCUUUAUACAUACCUCCUUUACCAGGACAGAGAGAAAUUCUCAGCAAAUUAUCAAGCUUAUUUGCCAUCACUUUAGAUUCAAAUAAUUUUCUGAUAAAACAGCAUGCUCUACAAAUGUUUUCUGAAUUUGCUCAUAAAACAAAACACGAAGAUGUUAUUCCUGAAAGUUUAGGAAAAGCUCCUCAUCUUCAAGAACUACUCACCAGCUUUCUUAGUAAUACACCGUAUAAAAAUAAUGUGAUUGUUACUGAUCCUUAUCAGAUCUUACAAGUUGAAUCUGGUGUUCAAAAUAGCCAUCCAUCAGUUGUUAUUUCAAAAUCAUCAUCAAAUGAAAAAACUAUCGUACGCCAAGAUGGUGUAGUAAUAAAGCCUCCUGCUAAACGUCUUUGUGGUGAGUUGGAAAAAGAACAGGAUGCCCUUGAACAUCUUAUUAUCUCUCUGGAGGAAAAUAUAGACAUACUAGAAAAAUAUCUCAAUACCAGUACAUGUUCCAUGGAAGUUAGAUAUCAUGAAAGGUUAAAAAAUGUGUUAAGAAAACUUGAAAAAUUCCAAACCUAAAGAACAGUAUUGCAUAUUAUAUACUAAGUAAUAUCAGUUGACAAGUACGCUAUUCUAUAAAAGUUUCUCGUUUGAAUGUUUGCAUAUAUAUUUUUAAUUAAUGCUCUAGGGUCAAAAUACAUAUAACUUAUAUUGAAAAAUGAAACUAAGUUUAAGAUUAUUGCUGCAUGUUAGAAACAUUUUCAUCUGCUAACUGCCAUUUAAAACAAUUUAUAUGCAGUGUAGGUUUUCCCUUGAGAACUGUUUUAUGUUUCUAUAGUAGUAGAACAACCCAGUUAAUUUAACUUUUCCUCUACUGAUAUUCCUGUUUUUCUUAGCAACCAAUUUUAUAGUAUAAUAUUCAUAACAUGAAACAUUACCUAGUGUCAGUGUCACCUGAAAGCAUCUAGUUUAUACUUCAUUGGAACUAUGUUUUAUUACUAUACAAUAUCAUUAAAAUAUAUUGACUGUAUUAGCUUAAACGUUUAAUAUUAAUCAAUAGAUAGAGACUUGAAAUUGGUACCUAUCUUUACGUAGGUGUGAAUCUGUUCUUGCUUUUUGCAGUGAAAGAAUAUGUUAAUUUUUAUAUUCUGUUUUCCAUCAACUGGCUAUGAAUAUACAACAGUAUUUUCUGCUAGUGCUUGUGUACAUUUAAGUUUCAAAUUUAUGGUGUUAAUAGUUACACAUGCUUUAUUUUAUAAUUUUCGUUUAUCAUUUUUAUGCAUCCUUGUUUUGUAUUCAUUGCAUGUGUGAAAUAUCUGAAUGAUUGGAAAUUUAGGUUCGAGUGACUAGAGUUUGAUGUUAGUAAAAACCUGAUAUGUCUGUCUUAAAAGACAAAACAGCUGUAUGUGAUCACUGUGAGUAAAGUAGUUGAGAAAGUAUCUUUAAGGCUUGUAGUGAUUACAUUAGUUAUUAGAGCAACUCAUUUUGAUAAUACACUGCAAUACAUGUAACACUGCUUAUUUACAAAAAUUAAUGUUGAAGUCCUCUGUGCAUGUAGAAUGUUAUUUUUUCUUUAAUGCCUCUGGGAAUAAACUUAUGUGGAAUUUAUGUCAAAGGUUAUGAUGUUAAUAUUAAGAUAGAUCAUGUUUGGUUAAUUUAUUCUUUCCGUAUUAGUAAAAACUGAUGGAUACCAGAGUGUAUUGGAAUGUAAUGUAUAUCACUUCAUCAGCAAAAAUUAAUGUAAUUACAUCUGUAACAUGCAUGACUAGUUUUA